CUUCGAUGAAGAAGCAGAGCAUUACAUGCCAUAAUCCUUUUUGAGAAUUCCAAACUAGAAAAAUGGUGAUGGGGUGUCGCUUCUUCAUGUCAUCAACUCUCUCUCUCGCUGCCACCGCCACCUCCACCCUCCAGGAAUUCGCCUCCAACCACGCCAAAGGCGUUGCGAAGGUUGUGCUGAAAAAGGGGAAGACUCAGCUGUUUAAAGAUGGUAGCCCUAUGGUAUAUAGUGGUGCUGUCGAUAGGAUAGUUGGUCGACCGCCCCCUACAACAGGUGACCUUGUCCUCGUCACUGAUGGAACGGAGAAACCAAUCGGUUGGGGUUUAUACAACUCAGUUUCUAUGUUUUGUGUGCGCCUCAUGCAGCUGGAAGAUGAGGCAGCCAAAGAUCCAUCUUGUGUGCUGAACGUAGACCGAUUGCUUGAGAGUAGAAUCAGUUCGGCUGUUGAGUUAAGAAGGAAGCUUCGGCUUCCUUCAGCUCAGACAAAUGCGUAUCGCCUUGUUAACAGCGAAGGAGAUAGGUUGUCCGGCCUUAUUGUUGACAUUUUUGGAGAUGAAGCAGUGGUUGCUUCGUCGGCUGCGUGGGUUGAAAAGUACAAUCAGCAGAUAAGAGACUGUAUCAGCAAAACAAACAAAGUCAACCAUAUAACCUGGAGACCAUCCAUUGAUAUUUUGAAGGAGGAAGGCUUGGAUCUGUCUCAUUCACGAGGUGUGGAUUUAUCACACUCUCCAAGAAUGGUAGAGGCUCUGGAGAAUGGCAUUUACUAUUUAGUUUCCUUGGAGGGGCAAAAAACUGGCUUCUAUGCUGAUCAGCGUGAAAAUCGCCUAUAUAUAUCAUCAAUUUCUAAGGGUCAGAAAGUACUUGAUAUAUGCUGUUAUACUGGAGGAUUUGCCUUAAAUGCAGCACGUGGUGGUGCACUUAGUGUGACUGGUGUGGAUUCGUCUUCUCCUGCUCUGGAGAUUGCUCGGGAGAAUGUUGUUCUCAACAACCUCGACCCUAGAGUAAUAUCAUUUCGAAAGGAAGAUGCUACAAACUUUAUGAAGACGGCAAUAGCUAAUGGUGAUUCUUGGGAUAUCGUUAUUCUGGAUCCACCAAAAUUAGCUCCGAGUAGAAAGGCAUUGCAAAAUGCAUCUGGUAUGUAUAGGAAUUUAAAUUCCUUGGCUAUGCAAUUAACAAGAAGAGGCGGACUUCUAAUGACCUGCUCGUGUUCUGGUGCUAUGACCCAAAGUGGGACGUUCCUGCGUGUUCUACAGGGUGCUGCGUCCAUGGCCGGUAGGAAGAUUACAGUGGCACGUCAAGCAGGAGCCGGCUGCGAUCAUCCAGUCGAUCCAUCUUAUCCAGAAGGGGAAUACCUCUCAAAUGUUUUACUUAGAGUACAAUGAUAAUGUUAAAACCUUAAUUUUCUCUAGGGAUUAGGAAACACAAACCCACCUAAAUGAGUUCAGUAGAUGUAAAUUGUAACUUCAAGUAUGUUAGAUACAUUUAUAUUCAUUUAAUCAUUUAUAUAGGGCGUGAUUUGCUGUAAA